UAACGGGUUCGGCUCAAGGCUUGGUUGCCUAGUGAUCCUGUUGGCACCGCGCUUUUCAGGAACUUUUUGGGAACGGUGCGCUUCGGCCACAUGUGGGCGCUUCUCUCUUCCAGAGAGGACUACCCGACUAAUCAGCCCGACGUCUCGCAGUUGCCAACUUCGCUGGUGAGCCCCGUCGAAGCGGCCUGCGACUCCGACGACGCUUCCUUGGAAAACCCCAAGCGUUUGUCGGAGGCGACGCGCUUGGCUCAGGGUCCGUCCACCUGCGCGCCCGGGGCCCCAAGUGCGUCGCAGACAGUCUGGACGACUCCACCAAGUACGCCGCGUGUGCGCUCUGGGGUGCCUGCAGCGCCGCCGUCUCUGCAAUUCGGAGAGCACCGUGCAGAGCCCUUGCUUUUGGCCCUCGAGCGAAACUGCACGAAGCAAGUGCGCCUCGCCAUCGAGGCAGACCCCGAAGCAGCCAAGCAGCCGUUCUGGGACAGCCGCUUCGAAUGGCCGCUCUGUGCCGCGAUCCGGCUCAGGUGCAGCGUGGAGGCUGUCCGGCUGCUGAUCGAGAACGGCGCGGAGGUCGGCGUGGCGAGCGUCGGCGGGCAGUCUCCUCUCCAGCUGCUCAGCACGGGGACGGAGGAUCGCUUCAUUGACUCGAGGGGAAUGCCGAACACUCCGCUGGGCGCCGCCGAGUGGAUCGAGAGUAUGCGCCAGUCCACCGCGCAGUUCGAGCUUGGCGUGGCCACAGCACUGCUGAAUGCGGGCGCAGAUCCAGCGGCGCACCACGGCGACCCUCGGAUGGGAAAUUGCUCGAGUCUGGAGCUUGCACGGCGCUCCGGAAAAUAUCAUUUAACAGAUCUGUACGAAGCCCAUUCCCGUUGCUGACUGUCUUACCCAAGCCAGGCCAUCGCGGGAGCGUGGCGCCCUCGAGCUUGCCUCAAUGGGGCCCUGGAGGUGAUGUGCGGUAUCGAUUGCCCAGGCCCAGGCCUUCGGACCCGACAUGGAACCGCUUGCCUACAGUUGCUGCAGCUUGUGCCAGGUUGGGUUGCUGGGCCAUGCAUGUCUUCCGCACCCGGCUGCAUGUUUUUGCAUUUCGCCUCUUGCUCGGGUGCCGAGUCGAUCGACGGAGGCGUCCCCUCCUCUCGCAUCAAUCACUUCUGCGCCGUGCAUGUCUUCUACACCAUGCUCGGCCUCGAUGCCCUUCUGCGCCAUGCAUGUCUUCGCACCAGCUGUAUGUCUUUUUGUAAUUCGCCUCUUGGUCGGGUGUCGGGCGAGCGGCGGACUCGUCCCCUCCUCGGGCAAUUACUUCUGCGCCGUGCAUGUCUUCUACACCAUGCUCGGCCUCGAUACCCUUCUGCGCCAUGCAUGUCUUCGCACUAGCUGCAUGUCUUUGUGUUUCGCUUCUUGGCCGGGUGUGAGUCGAGCGGCGGACUCGUCACCUCCUCGGGCAAUCACUUCUGCGACAUGCAUGUCCUCUACAUUUACCUUGGCGACCGCCGUGCGGAGCGUACACCACUCCAGGCGGCUCUUAGGUCUGUGGAUUUUCCCAGAGUCAGGAUGAUCGCGGCUUGUAGUUUGUAGGGUGAGGAGACGUGAGUUGCGACCACGGAUGUCCACUGCUUGGCCAGAGGGUAGUUAGACUGCGGUUCGCGAUGCGGACCCUGGUUGCUUCGUGCUUUGGAGUUCGCCCCAGACUGCAGAAUUUCGAUUAUAAAGACGAUUAGGGGAACACGGCAUUCCCUCAUAAUUUAACGCAGUGGCAUGGACCUUCCCUUCUCAGCUUGAUGCCUUUCUCCCAUCAUGCUCUCACAUCUUCCCUCAUUUACACUUUUUAAUAACUACUCGCUCGGUGCCGUCCCGGGUCGCUAGAUUGCGGUAAGUGUAUUCUCGCAUUUUAUACGUCGCAUGGGCGAACAGAAUUUUCGGGUUGUUGGUUGAGGCCUCCAGACUAAGAGAAAUAACAGGUGGGGAGGAGGGCACGCUGAUUGCCGCAGCAGCGAUCGCACCAUUGAUCUCGCGCCUCGCGCAACGUUUGAGAUCUGACGUUGAUUCCUAGAUAGCGAAGCUUACGAGCCAGGGCCGCGAUCCCUCCGUCUCCCGCUCUACCCGCCCUGAUCCCGACAGACUGGGAUGGUCUCCUUUUGCGCUCCAAGAAUCGCUCGGGCGCUGAGCCAUCCAGCAUUCUCCCUGGCGCCCGCCUCGGGCUCAUCUCUCCCCCCUCCCCCUCCGUUCCCAUCUCCUCGCAGCCCUCGUCCAACUGUCCCACGAGCUCGGCCAGCAAGCAAUAGACCAAGCCUCGUCGCAUGAGCGGAGGCAUCCCGAGGUCGGCUCGGCAAAGGGGCACGGCCAGCUCGCACGGCCUUGCACACACCCCCGAGCCAUCAGAUUUUUCGCAUGGGGACCGCGGAGCGUCUGAGGCGAGCGACCCGAGCAUAUUGCAAAGGUCUGGAAAUGAA